AUGAACGCGGCCGUCAGGGAUCCAGAAGAUGAGGAGCACUACGACGACGACGAGUAUGAGGUGCCCCUACACCACAAGAAGCCGUUCGGCUCUGGCAUCAGGCGACAACGCAUCGAGUUUGUCAAGGCGUCUGACGCAGACCUGUCGACGAUACAGGACACGAGGCCAGGGAAUUCGGGCGCCUCCAUCAGUAACCUCUACAUGAGCCUGGUCCUGCCUGAUGAGAAGAAGCCACAGACGACAUCUGCGCCACAACCAGCAAACUGUGCCGUAUGUCAUGUACCGUUGCUAGAAGACGAGCCAACCGAGUCGCUGGACGAGGCGGCCGACGGCCAAUCUGCUACCGCCAGACGGAAACAUGAGGCAUCCAUCGCCCACCAGGUCUGCGUGGCACACUCACAUCCUCCAUCUGCUCUCGACAGGGCGAGGAUGGGCCUCACCUAUCUGUCGUCCCACGGCUGGGACCCAGAUGCCCGGAAAGGCUUAGGCAGCGAAGGCCAGGGUAUACAGUAUCCCUUGAAGACAAAGCCCAAGGACGACAAGCUCGGGCUCGGCCUCGCCGUGCCAAAGGACUUCAAAGGCAGGGUGGAGAAGAAGAAGAAGCCUGUGACGCUUGACGCCAAGAAGAGCAGGCAAAAGGCCGAGGCAGACAGGAAGAAGGGGGAGAAGCUCAGGGAAAUGUUCUACGGCAGCGAGGAUGUGCAGAGGUAUCUAGGGACAGGGUGA